UCAAUCUGUACAAGCAAAGCUAUUGCUGCCGAAUGCAAUAAUCCGAGGGACAAUAUUGAAAGAGACGUUGAAAUGUCAGCACCGACGGACGACUCUUUAUUCUUUCGUCAUGAAUUCGAGGAGUUUAAGCAAGUGAAGAUUGACGGUGCGAGUCUAAAGACGACAAUGUGGGCUACCGUCAAUGUCAUCGAAAUGAAAGAGCUUUUGGAGAUCGAGCAAGGUAAUAUCGAUAAAGGACCCGACGGCCGAUUAUUGCCAAAUGCCGAUCAGAGAUUUAAAAAUAUCAUAUUUCUCUGGGCGUGCUUUCGUGGUUUGGCACAUUUAUUGGACAAAUUGGAAGAAUGCGGCGCUGACAGGGAGUACGUGGAGCCUUGCACGGGGAUGAAUGCCGUGUUAGUAUCGUCCCUCGCUGGCAGUAUAUCUUGUUUGAAGUAUUUGAUCGAGAAGGGCGCUGACGUGAACUAUGUUAAUAGCGUAAUAUAUUACACGCCCUUACAUUUGGCAGCUCUUUGUAAUUCGUGCGAAGCCAUUGAAAUGCUGGUGAAUAGCGGCGCUAACGUGAACUCUUCUAAUUGCCAAGAUGCCGAGCCAGUGCUACACUGCGCAAUAAGAGCGGGUUCGGAAAAAGUUGUUAAGCUCUUGCUUCAGAAAGGUGCAAGCGUUGUUCAAAAGAACAGCCGUGGCGAAACGGCUCUGCACGUCGCUUGUUUUGUGCAGUCGAUAAGCUGCGCAGAAUUACUUCUUAAUACACCCGGAACCGAUCCCAAUGCCGUCGAGAAGAAUCACCGAACAUCCCUGCAUUACGCGGUUAUGAAUAGUAGCUUAGCAUCGAGUCUUGUGGAGCUUUUAUUAAAGUACGGCGCGAGUGUUAAUGUGAAGGAUAAGCAGGAGCUGACGCCUUUGCAUAUCGCAUCGUUAAACGAGCAGUCGCAGUGCGUCGACGCACUUAUCUGGGCGGGUGCUGAUAUUAGUGCCGUUACUAAAACUGGACUAACCGCCCUCAAUAUUAUACUGCGAAAGAUUCCUGAGUCAUUGCAGGUGUUCCGUCAGCGACUCGACGCUUCGAUCAGACUGAAACGGCCGGUUCCUCAUAAUCGCGAAUUCGAAAUGAGACUGCACUUCGAUCUGCUCUUCCCAAGCAACAAUCAAUGCGAAACAAGUUUCAUCAAUACCUUUGUGCAAGAGCACCAAAAGGAUCUUUUGUCACAUCCUCUCGUCAUGGCCUUUCUUCACCUUAAAUGGGAAAAGAUACGUAAAUUCUAUCUUAUGAGGAUAUUUCUUUAUGCCUUAACUGUUAUAUUUAUGACAACCUACGUUCUUACAGCAUUGGCUUACAAGUGUUACAAUUCCGACGAAGCCAAUAGCUCGAAGAUCUGCAAUAAUAAGCGAGCGUCCGGCUUUCUUUUCCGACCUCGUAUAAUUGAAAUAGAGUGGUACGUCACUCUCAUACUGACCUGUGUAACAAUACCUCGAAAGAUCUUUGGCUUCAUGGUGUAUAAAUCAGCGAGACAGUAUUUUAUGAAUAUCGACAAUAUUCUCGACACUAUUGUUAUCAUGAGUGUGUUUGUGACUUCGUUCGUCUACACUGGCCAAACGUACGAUUGGCAAAAUUACGUAGGCGCAUUUGCGAUACUCUGUGCUUGGACGAAUCUUAUGCUAAUGGUAGGUCAGUUACCGGCCUUUGGCACAUACGUGGCAAUGUUUACUCACAUUCAGUUCGAAUUUGCCAAAUUAUUAUUAGCCUAUUCUGGAUUAUUAAUAGGUUUCACCAUCAGUUUCUGCGUUAUAUUUGUAGGUGAGCCAUCCUUUGGCAAUCCAUUCACGGGCCUUAUAAAAGUAUUGGCAAUGAUGGCUGGAGAACUUGAUUUUGAGGGUUUGAUCAAUCAGGAUGAUAUGGUCCACGAUGACUCGUUUGUUUUAUAUCAUCCUUUAUCAGUUUGCUCGCAAAUUCUCUUCACUCUUUUUAUAGUGUUUGUCACGGUGAUUCUAAUGAAUCUUUUAGUUGGCAUUGCUGUUCAUGAUAUUCAAGAAAUGGUCUUGUAUAAUGGCAGGAUACCCUAUACUUUUAAAAAAUGGAUGUCCGAUCAUAAAAUAGACGUCGAUAAUCACAAGAGAUUACUGGUGGUAAAACCCUUGAAUCCUUUGGAAAAGAGGCUGCCGAAAGACAUAUUGAAAGCCGCUUAUGAAAUAGCCCAAAGAAAUGUACCUCAAAUGGAAGAGGACGAUGUUAGCCUUCAAGAGCACGUUGCUUGGUUAAGGCAAAAUGAAGAAAAAAACGAAUGUAUAUUGCAUUCGACUGUGAGGCAAAUAUCCAAUCAAGUUAGAUUUUCUGAGAACGAAAUUAAAUUUAUAAAAGAGCAUUUGUUAGAUACCAACAAAAUUUUAAAGCGUCUCCUGGCCAAAGUCCAGACAAGAUAAAACUUGAUUAAACCAAACGCUUAAUGUCGAAUAAAAAUUUCUU